CUUCACUGUGGAAGUACUUAGACCAAAGACUAAAAUUUCAGAGUUGUUUGAUAAAGAUUUCUGGCACUUACAUAAAGACUGCAGCUUUCUCUGACUACACUUAACUAAAAGUUGUACCGAGGGGCAACAUUACGAGUUAAGGAUGUAUACGGCCGGACUCAACCCGUUUUACGCAUCGAAUUUUAGUCUUUGGUCUGCUUAUUGUGCGGGUGGUUUCGCUAUGGAUACAAUAAAGAAGCCCUCAUUUUGCAUUGCUGACAUUUUGCAGGUCGGUGAUGCUGAGAACAUCCCGGGAUCCUCGGCCCUCAUGACUCAUAUGGGACACCGUUCUCAGGUUCACGCCUCUGGAUCGCCAUUGCGUCCUUCACCAGUGGGGCCAGAGCAGUCGAUCUACGGUGGGAGAGUGAACCCCGGGUCUCCGUAUCACAGACACGGAAUACACUUAACUUCGGUAUCUAGAACGAGUCUCAGCUCCCAACAAGCUCCCCCACCUUCAAGCAAGGACCUCAAGUUCGGAAUCGAUCGGAUAUUGUCAACAGACUUCGACCCCAAAACAAAAGACAUAUCGUCUUUAAGAGAUCUCACGUCCAUUGUUAGCUCGAACCGUCAGUCAGGGAUCCAGCCAGCGAGCCAGUACUUCGCAUCCAUAGACCCGGGGAUGAGCGACGCGUCCUCCAUGAUGAGCUCACUAAACAGCGCCAGGCAAUCAGGGCAGCAUCAGUUUCAGGACACCUUUCCAGGUCCAUAUGCUGUCCUUACUAAAGACACGAUGCCACAGACGUACAAAAGGAAGAGGUCCUGGUCGCGGGCGGUCUUCUCCAACCUGCAAAGAAAAGGGCUUGAGAAACGAUUCGAAAUACAGAAAUACGUCACCAAACCCGACAGAAAACAACUGGCUGCAAUGCUUGGCCUAACAGACGCACAGGUCAAAGUGUGGUUCCAAAACAGGCGCAUGAAGUGGAGGCAUUCGAAAGAAGCACAGGCACAGAAAGAUAAGGAGAAGGAGACCCCGGACAAGUCACUGACAGAGGCCGAGUCCAAGGAGCCGGAAGAGUCCGAGUGUGAGAGCGAAGCAAGCGAGUCCGAUUUCGAGGAUGGACAGGAGGACAAGAGUGACAUGGACAUUUCUGAGCACAACAAGACUAGUGUGAUCAUGACCGGGGCCAUCCCUGUGAGUACCGAGGAGGCGAACUCAGUCAGUGCCCUUACAGAAGCUGUGCCAUCAUCGCAAAUGUUAAUAUGAGUGCACAGUCAAACGUUAUUUUUUUUUAUGUCAAAUGUAUAAUUUAAUAUAAAUAUUAUUUUGAAAAAGUUAUAUACAGAGCGGAGUUGUCGUAAAGUGGAGGGCCAGUAGGAUACUCUACAGCGUGUAUGGGAUAUUAUGACUCCCUCCAUCUUUCACCUCUGUCAGUCAGUAUUAGGCGAUGUGCAUGACUUUUUCCUCAAUUGAAGGAAAUAUUCUGUUGUGAAUUUUAAUCUGAACCACUUAUUCCGUGUCCUGAAAUCCAAAAACAUGACACAAUGUUACAUGUAAUUUACUGUGGAAGCGUUGAUAAAUAUUGUUGUAUUAUAUGUUGGUCAAUAAUUAUUUGCACUGAAAAUAUUGUAAAUAAAAAGUUUCUUAC